AUGAAGUUGGUCAACUUUUUGAAAAAAUUGCGCAAUGAGCAAGUUACCAUAGAACUAAAAAACGGUACCACAGUUUGGGGCACGCUGCAGUCGGUAUCACCACAAAUGAAUGCCAUUCUAACAGACGUGAAGUUAACAUUACCACUGCCUCGGCUAAACAAAUUGAACGGUAAUGGCCUUGCAAUGUCCAGCCUGUAUUUGACCGGUGGUCAACAAGCCGCCACGGGUGAUAAUAUAGCAAGCUUGCAAUAUAUCAACAUUAGAGGUAAUACUAUAAGACAGAUAAUUCUACCGGACUCAUUGAACCUGGAUUCACUAUUAGUUGAUCAAAAACAGCUGAGUUCUUUGAGAAGGUCGGGUCAGAUUGCCAAUGAUUCUAACAAAAAGAGAAGACGUGAUUUUGAUGCUCCAGCAAAUAAAAGACCAAGAAGAGGUCUAUGA